AUGGCUAACUUAAACCUAGACCGACAUUCCAAUACGUACCCUUUUAUCGACCCUGGCCGUUUUAGGGGUUCAUUAGUUGGCCAAACUGCGCUGGUCACCGGAGCUGGGCGUGGAAUAGGACACUCGAUUGCCCUUGCUUUUGCUCAGGCUGGUGCUAAUGUCGUAUGUCUUGCGAGGACAAGAAAGGAAAUCGAUCAGACAGUCACACACAUUGCUCAAUGCGGUUAUCCUGAGGCUAUGGCAGUUUCUGUAGAUGUGGCUUGCCUCUCAGAAAUCAGCCAAGCCAUUGCUAGCAUCAAAUCGAAGUUUGGCCAUGUAGAUAUCCUCAUCAACAAUGCCGGAAUCGACAGGAUAGGUUCAAUGCAAUACGAGACGGACUUCCAAGCAUGGUGGAAAGUCUUCGAAGUGAAUCUAAUGGGCCCGGCGGCCCUAAUUCAUCAAAUCCUGCCCGACAUGAUCUCUCGCAAACAGGGGAUAAUAAUAAACAUCGGAAGUCGAAAUGCUAUCGACAAUCACCCUUUCAUGACUGCCUAUUCGGCUUCUAAGACAGCUCUCCUUCGUUUCCACCAGUGUCUCAAGCUGGAACUUCGUGAUACGAACGUCUAUACUUUUUAUGUGCAACCCGGCGACGUCACAACAUCUUUGAUGGAUGGCACCUACGAUCCCGAAGAGCUCGCGAAGCUACCUCGCUUACAGGCUAUGAUAUCGAGUAUGCAAGACACUAUAAAGAGCCACAACUCUGACAGCUCUUGGCUAGCAGCAAAUACCUGUGUGAUGUUGGCAGCAGAUGUGGACGCGCGUCUACUUAGUGGCCUCUAUAUCGAUGCGAAUCAAGAUCUGUCUCAACUUUUGGCAGAGGCUCGGAAGGGAAAGAGUGGCAUAAUUAAACAGGGGAAAAUGUACUCUCUAAAGGUCGAUGUGCUUUAG